CAUAAAAAUCGUACUCGUUGAAGAUGCAUUCAGAACUGCCAAGUAUGCAGGUGUUGUGUUUGCGUUUUGGUACCUUACAACGUGGUUCUCAGUACCAACCAUUCUAGAACUCUUUCUUUUGGCAGCGUUUACGAUUCCAGCCGGUUAUAAAUAUCACAAAGAAGCUAUCGAUAAGAAGUACGAGUAUGCGAAAGAGAAGGCUAAAUCGUGCAGCCAGCGUACGCUUGAAGUGGUUGGCAAUAACAUGGGCCAAUAUUACGAGCAAGGCAGACAUUAUUUGGGGAAGAAAUUUACGCGUACUGGAGAAACUUUGAAGAAAAAGGAAUAA